AUGCCGCUAGCAAGGCGCUACUUUUAUUAUCUCAACGAGCGUGGUCAUUUGUUUCAUGUGUUUGAUAUCAAAGGACUUGUUGAGCACACCCGUAUGCCAUCUGGUCCCACGUACCUCCGUGACCGGUCUUUUCUAGACUUCUUCUACCGACGUUUACAACACAACAGUUUGGAGCAGUGUGUCGCGGAUGGUGUGAUGUGUAAGAAUGGGACAGAUGUGAUGUGUCUGGAUGACGGCACCUGCUUGGCACCGCAGGAGUUUCUACGGCAUUUCCCGUACGUGAGUCUCUGCGGGAUGGAGAGGAAUUUUGUGAAAGUGCAGGAUUCCCCCGUUGUGUUUACAGAUUACGAGUUUAUCUGCAAAGAAGAACAAUUGAGUGGUGUUCUUCUGUUUGCUGGGUCGCUGCAGGAACCAUUCCAGCCUGCCGCUCUCACCGUCACGCGGGAGGGGAAAUUAUUUCAUCCAAUCACCACAUUGAAACGCCUGCAACGCGGUACGUCCAUCGCUGAGAAUAAAGGCCUUGUUGGGGCGCAAGUGAGUUUGAAGCUGGGAUUUGAUUUUGUCUGUGAGGAACUUGACAACGACGGGCAGUAUGUCAUUAGUUGGGGAGGAAAGAAGCAUUUUAUUCCCUAUGUGGCUCAGUGA